AUGCCUGCGCAGGCUGCGUCGGCGCCUCCUCCUCCGCGUCCGGUCAACGCCGCCGGCACUGGCUCGCUCCGGCCCGCCGCGGCCACCGCGCCCCCAACCACGUCGCCCUACGGCGGCGGUGGCAACGUGAGCGACAUGGCUUCGCGCUUUCAACGCUCCCACACGGCGACGACGCCCGCGACUAGUGGUAGUCUCGGGGCACCGCCAGCCACGUCGGCACUGGCGCCCCCUCGACCGGCCUUCAGCGGCGGCGGUUCGGGACCGGCGCGAUAUCAGGCAGCCGCUCCCAGCGCCAGCACGACCGGCCUCCCGACCAGACCCACCGCGCCCUCCGGCCCUCCGGCGGGCAGCCGAGCCACUCUCGCGCCAAGUUCAUCGAAGCCCAAACCGCUCCCGCCCACGCCCGGCACGCAGGUGCAGCAAGCCGGGUUGAACACUGGCGCUCGGUUCUGCUCGGGCUGCGGCAAGCCGUUCGGCAACGGGGAGCAGGUGGUGGGCGCGCUCAACGGUUCGUGGCACGAGAACUGCUUCACGUGCGAGCGCUGCCGCCAGCCGUUCAAGGCGAUGAAGUUCGUGCUGAAGGACGGCAAGCCCUACCACUCAGCCUGCGUCAAGGAGGCCUUCGGCCGCAAGUGCUACCUGUGCGCGCAGCUGCUGGAGGGCCAGUGCGUCAAGGUCGAGAACAACGUGGCCCACGCGCGGUGCUUCGUGUGCGCCGACUGCCGAGCGCCGCUCACCAGCGGCUACCUGUUGGUCGGACCCACCCGUCGGGCCUGCUGCCACCAGUGCGGCCAGGCCGGCAGCAGGGGCAGAGGCUGA